GCAUUACCCAAUUGGUUUGCUGUUUGAUCUCCAUGCAUCAAAUACAGCCCUUCCUUGGAGCAUCACAGUGCAUUUCAAGAAUUUUCCAGAGAAGGAUCUUCUACACUGCCAUUCUAAGGAUGUGAUUGAAGCUCAUUUUAUGGCUUGUAUAAAAGAAGCAGAUGCUUUAAAGCACAAAAGUCAAGUCAUCAAUGAGAUGCAAAAAAAGGAUCAUAAGCAACUGUGGAUGGGAUUACAGAAUGAUAAAUUUGAGCAGUUUUGGGCAAUAAAUCGAAAACUCAUGGAGUAUCCUACAGAAGAUAGUGGAUUUCGAUACAUCCCAUUUAGAAUUUAUCAGGCAACAACAGAGAGACCUUUUAUACAGAAGCUAUUUCGACCAAUUGCUUCAGGAGGACAGUUGCAUACUUUGGGAGAUCUGCUAAAAGAUGUGUGUCCUAGUGCUAUCACCUCUGAAGAUGGAGAGCAGAAGACUCAAGUGAUGAUUCAUGGAAUUGAGCCAAUGCUGGAAACACCCAUACAGUGGCUAAGCGAACAUAUGAGCUAUCCAGAUAAUUUUCUCCACAUUAGUAUCAUUCCCCGACCUACUGAUUGAAACUCGGCUAUACUGGUAUGAGGAUCAUUCUCAAGCUGGAAUUACAAGGGCAUGUCAACUUGCUUCUGUCAGUCUCAAGAGAGGCAGCCUGAUCAGAAAAAAACAAAAAACAACAAAAACCGAAACAAAACAAGAAGUCCUCACUGCUGCAAGCCAAACAGGAAGAGAGAUCCUAUCAUCAGAUAAGAGCAAUUGGGCUGAUCUUAUUUUGCAUCACCGCUGCUUUUCUUCACCACUGUAAUUAAAUCAGUUGCGAUAUGAAAGAAUUUACAGGGCCUCUGCAAGUCUGGUGUUUUCUUGUAAAAUAUAAUGAAGCUGAAACUGUCAGCCGAAGAGCAAAUGGAAAUAUGCCACUUGAUUGUAUUUCUGAUUAACAAAUAAACAGGGCUGUUUCCUAAAGCGGUACUGUUUCAACUUUGAGAGUGGAAACAUUGGUUUAAUUUUCUAGAAAGUUAGACAUGGAGAGAUUCAGUUACCAAUAGCUUUUUGUAAAAGAUCAAAUUACUGUAAACCCAUCUUUCCUUAAUGAGAAGUUCAUGUUUACAGUAUGUGUAUUGGUAUGCAAAUGAUCUUUUAACUUUGAUAACAAGCAGUGAGAGAUUUUAAAGUAAACCCGUAAGCAUGUUUUGUCAUUUAAAAACAUGCACAACUUAAUAAUUUACAAAUACUUUCAAUUUGUAUGCUGUCACUGAAUACUCCAGUAUGUUUAUUAUUCAAACCAGUUUUCAUAGACUAGCAGUGAUGUAGGAUAAUGUGUCUUGGGAUUUGUCAUGGCAUUUUUGUGCUCAUCUGAAUUUUUUUUUUUCUGUAAGAAUACUUUCUUAAUUUAGUUUAAAAAGAUAUUUUUUUUUAAAAGUAAACCGAUGU